AUGGUAUCAUUUGAUGUAAUUUCCUUAUUUCCUAGUAUAACAGUAGAUUAUGCCAUUAGAGUAAUAGAUGAUAAAUGGGACGAACUGGAGAAACAUACGACUAUACCCAGGAAUUUAUAUAUGCGAAUAUUAAAGUUCUGCAUUAAGGAGAACCGCUAUUUCAAAUACAAGGACAAAAUCUACACACAAUGUAAAGGAUUACCAAUGGGCUCACCGGCCUCGCCGGUUGUGGCUGAUAUAGUUAUGGAAGAACUAUUAAAUACCUGUAUUGGACAAUUAAAUGAAAAACCUAGAUUCUUGACAAAAUAUGAAGACGACCUUUUUGAGAUUAUAAAAAAUAGUGCAAUAGAUGAUACCCUCAAGGUAUUCAAUAACUUUCACAGACAAAUUCAAUUUACAAUAGAGGAGGAAGACAAUUGUAGAUUGCCAUAUUUGGACACAGUGAUAAUGAGAGAUGGUGAAGAUAUAAGAAUGGAUUGGUAUCAAAAACCGACAGCAUCAGGACGCAAUAUCAAUUUCUACUCCUGCCAGCCCAAACAUGUGAUAAUGAAUAUGAUUGGAACCUUUAUUAAAAGAGUCUUGACAAUAAGCGACGAAAAGUUCCAUAAAAACAACAAAGAUAGGAUAAUUAAAAUACUAAGAAUGAACGCAUUCCCAAUGGACAUCAUUAAAAAUCUACUUAGGGACAAUAAAAGGAAAUGCAGGAAAGAUGAAGCGGAACCUGUGAUAUAUAAAUCGAUGACAUAUGUACCUGGAAUAUCGGAGAGAUUGGAAAACUCAGGAAUAUACAAUAGGGAAAGAUAUAGGAUAGCUUCAACGACAAACAAUACACUUAGACAAUUAUUUUCUAGUACUAAGAGUGAGAUCGAUAAAAUGGAUAAUAUAAAAUAA